GGGCCAGUCCCUGGGGGAAUUUGGGGGUGCAGGAGUCUCCCUUGGUGCCUGUGUACCCACCACACUUACACAUUAGUCUGGUACCCCCAAGACCUGCACACAAAGACACACCAGCCAAACGGGGGGGGGACACACUUGUGCCCCCAGACAAGACCCUCCCUCCCAGCAGCAUCCCCAGCUGCCAGGGGCUCAAGGCCAGCUCCCAGCCACCGCUUCAAACAAGGCAGCAAAUGAAGGCAGGGCGUUAAUGAGUGGUGUUGCUGUACUCACAUUGUGGCAGCUCCACCAACCCCUGUCCCCCCCAUCCCCCUCUCCAGCCCCCUCCCUGAGAAUCCCACCCUCUGCUCUCUUUGGCCACACGUUCAAGAGGUGACACAGCAAUUAGACCUGGCGGGUAUUUAAUGGCCCAAGGCGGGCUGGCUGCUCAUCUGGGCACAGGGCAGCACGGAGCAGGGCCAGGGCCAGCGGCGCUGGGCAGCACCAGGGCAGAGAGAUGAGAGCACCCUACUCGCUGUCCUGCCUCUUCCUCCUGAGCCUGGGGACCUGCUUCCCUCCCAGCGAGCGGCGGGAGCCGGGACGCCCCGGGGAGGGGACCCUGCUCGGUCCCAGGUGGCAACCAGCGGCGGAGGACCCUGGCGCCGGCUGGAGGGCAGGGGCCAAGCGGAGGCGAAGCGAGGAGCUGGACGCGCUGCUGGGCAUCGCCCGGGAGCUGCGGGGCUACGGCUCGGCGGGGGCCGGGCAGCGGCCGGGCAGGCGGGGGGGCUCCGAGGUGCUGCCCGCCGCGGGGGAGAAGCGCAGCGGCACCCUGGGCAACCUGGCCGAGGAGCUCAACGGCUACAACAGGAAAAAAGGGGGCUUCACCUUCCGCUUCGGGAGAUGA